GAUUGUAUGUAUUAGGUGAUAAAUGCGGAAAAGCAAGUUUGUUCUUUUAAUUUUCUUAAUAAGCUGACAUAUUUCCUAGAUCACAGUUUGGAAAAGAUAGUUCUAAUCACAGAAAUACUUUGCACUUUAGUUUCUAUGGGUAGAACUAUCUUUUUCAAAAAAUGAAUUGAUAUAUUCACCCCUCAAAUCAUUUCUAUUCCCUAGAUCUUCUCAGAUUAUGGAAAAAUUAGAGUCUACUAAAAUCUUGAAUUCCAUUUUUAUGAAAUAAUUUUGACUAAAUGAUAAAAUAACAUAAUAGCAUUCAAUGAAUGGACAAUAUCUACAUCCUCCUUCCUUACGAGAUAAAGGGCAGGAAGAGGGGGUGAAACACCCUUGUAGAUUCAUUUGGAAAUUAAAACUUUAACGCAAUGAGGUGCAUAUACGGCCUCUUGAUUUAUCUUUUCAAUUAUAGUGUACUUUUUGUCCAUGGUGGAAGGGGAAGAAAGUUUUCGUGUAGCCGAAGAAAUCCAGAGCAUGGGAAAAUCGAAGUGAAAUAUAGAGGGAGAAUUGCAAAAUUCGUUUGUGAUCCUGGUUAUGUACUUAGAGGUGAUAAACUAGCGACUUGCCUCAAAGGCAGCUGGGACAGCUUCCCAAAAUGUGAAAAAGUUGGAGGCUGCGCUUACCUCGAGACAUUAGAAAAUGGAAGAGUUUUGAUAAGCAAGGACAUGAGCAUCAUUAAAUUUGAAUGCGAUCAGGGUUACAAGAGAUCUGGAGGGAAUGAGACGCUUGCUUGCAAGGAUUUCAGUUGGGAAAGGCACAAACCCACUUGUGAACCUGACAUUCUGAGAAGCUGUGACUUCGAUGAAAAUACAAUUUGUGAUUGGAGGAACAGCACCAGUACUGGCUUUUCAUGGCGCUUGCACCAGUUCAAGACUCCAAGUCAUAUAAUUAACACCGGCCCUUCUGGUGAUCACACACCGGGUGCAAAUGCUGCAGGGCACUAUUUAUAUAUUGAAACUUCUGGAGGGAUGCACUCUGGAUCAAAUAACACAAGGAGGUUCGCCAGGUUGUUUUCGCCCAUGAUUUUUCCGAUGAAGGGAUUUGAAACAUGUUUCGUUUUCUGGUAUCACAUGUAUGGCCUCACAAUUGGCACUUUGAAUGUUUAUGUUAAUAACAUAUUGAGGUUCACAAAAUCAGGAAAUCAAGGUGAUAGAUGGUACCGAGGAUUGGUUUCAAACUUGCCAACAAAUGAAACAUUUGUCAUUGAAAUUGAAGGCGAGUCUGGCUCUAGUUAUUUGGGAGAUAUCGCUAUUGAUGAUAUUAUGAUAACAAACAGCAGUGAAUGCCAAAAGCCUAUGCUGAUUGAAACAACUUGCCGAGGAAGGUGCUAUGAAAACGAAGAAAAUACCACAUUGUGCCGGUGCAAUCCUGACUGCAGUGAGGAUGAUUCCUGCUGUACUGACUUCAUGCACUAUUGCAGUUUAAAGACGACGACUGGGUCAGCAGAUGAGACAACAGAGGAUACCGGUUUAACCUCGACUGAAUAUUUAAAUACAUCUCAGGGGGAAUUUACUACUGACGGUGUUGAUUUUACCGAAUUCUCCCCUUGGCCCUCUUCCUUUGAAUCGCAGAGUUAUUCUUUUGAACCCAAUCUGACUACAGAGCCUGUAUCGAGUGAAAAUUCAAUUUUUACUGACUACCCUUUUUCAACCCUGUCAGAGACUGAAACUGAAAAAUCGAUCACCUCUAGUGGACCAUUUUUAAAUACAAAUAAAAAUUAUUCAGCAAUGUUGACAUCUGAAAUCUCAAUUCAUGAAACAGAAUCUGAAACAGUUCGACAGGCAAAUGAAUUCGACAAACAUACGACUACUGAUGAAUAUAUUAAUACAGUAGAUAUUGCGCAAAAUCAUACUCAUUUACAAAAUUCCUCAACCCUUACAAGCACAACUUUAAAUGACUUGACAACAAACAGUUUCCCAUUAUCAACUACUGAAAUUACUGAGAACACUGAACAAAUAACUUCAUCGUCCACUAUUAUACCUGAAACUACUACAGUUACAAAAUCACCGAAAAAGUACUCGACAAAACAAAAAAACCUUCCUUGGUCAAAUAAAAAAUGGAAAUCAAUAUAUUCACCUAAAGGUCGCUAUACAUUUUCAGCAAUCAAGCAAGAGCAAACCAACACUACUCUCACUUAUCUCUCUGUGAUUCUUGGUGUUAUCCUCAUAUUCACUUGCUUAAUAGGGGUCAGCAUUUAUAUGUUUAGAAGACAUAAACUGCACGUACCGAUUCAACAGGAGGAAGCGGAAGUUAUCUACCUCACCUCAGAUGAGGCCCUUGAUUUCACAGUUGGGCGGAGAUGAAACUGAAAAGACUUACAAACUGAAAAUAGGAGGAUAGAGGAGUUUUAAUCACUGUAAAUAAAACCAUUAUUUACAAAAAACUGUUUUAAUACUGUAAAGAUAAUUUAUAUUCUCUUGCAAACUUAAUACUUUAAAAAUCUAUUCAAGAUUGUGAAAUUAAAGCCUGUGUUGAUAGAAAUCAAAUGUUAAUUCCUAUUUAGAAAUAAAUUUCUUGC